AUGAUCGUUUCAUGGAACGUGAGGGGGCUAAAUAAAGCGGGCAAGGUUAGAGAGAUCAGCUCCCGUCUUCGAAACCUUGACCCUGCAAUAAUUGUAUUAAUUGAGACUAGAGUGAAAAAGGAAAAAGUUGUGGGAAUUAGAAAGAAAUUAAAGAUGCGUGGUAGUUACAUGGAUAAUUAUGCCCAACAUGAUAAUGGCCGAAUUUGGAUCCACUGGGAUGACAACAGCAGACAGGUUGAAUUUGUUGCGAGCACGGAUCAAAUGAUUCACUGUAAGGUGAAUGAUGCUAAUGAUAAUUUCAUGUUCUGGAUGACGGCAAUAUACGUGCAAAAUCAACUGCAUCAUAGAAAGAAGUUAUGGCAAGACAUUGAGAAAAUCUGUGCAAACCAGAUUGGGCCUUGGAUGUUGAUCGGUGACUUCAACAAUGUUAUGAAGAUCGAAGAUUGGAUUGGCGGGAAUGAGGUGACAGAGAACGAAUACAUGGAUCUAACUGAGAUGAUGAGCAAGACUGAAGAUUGGAAUCAAUAG